AUGGCAAGAUCACCAAGAACACGUCAACGACGCGGCGGCGGGCGCCGUCGGCCCAGCAACGGCUCAACCGAUCGGCCGUCACAGCGGCGCGAGGUGGUGAAGUUCGCCGGACCCGUAGACCUCCCAACCGAGAUUAGCGUAGCCGAACUUUCGGAAGUCAUUCGAAGAUCGCCAAUCGAGAUCAUCAAGGAACUCAUGCGCCUCAACAUGAUGGUUGCCAUGAACGACUCGGUGGACUUUGAAGUGGCGGCAACUGUAGCGGUUCGUCUUGGUGUCCGGGUUCGCAAACCUGCUGACGUGGAGGAAUCGGAAGCCUCUGACCGGGUCGGCCUUGAUGAUGAAGCUAGCAAAGUUGAACCACGACCUGCCGUCGUUGCCGUGAUGGGUCACGUCGACCACGGAAAAACCACAUUGUUGGACGCUAUCCGCGGCACGAACGUUGUUGAUGGUGAGGCAGGUGGGAUAACUCAAAGCAUUGGUGCAUAUCAGAUUGACCACGAAGGGCAGUUGAUAACGUUCAUUGACACGCCGGGACACGAAGCUUUCACGGCGAUGCGCGCACGCGGAGCGCAGGCAACCGACAUCGCAGUGAUCGUAGUCGCUGCCGACGAUGGGGUGAUGCCUCAAACGAUUGAAGCGAUCAAUCACGCCAAAGCAGCACAAGUUCCGAUUAUCAUCGCCGUCAACAAAAUCGACCUUCCCGGCGCGGAUCGGACGCGCGUAAUGACCGAAUUGCUCGAGCACGACCUCAUCGUGGAAGAUCUCGGCGGCGAGGUACUUUCCGUACCCGUGUCCGCGCUCAAAGGCGAGGGUGUUUCAGAUUUAAUCGAUUCAUUGCUGCUAUUGUCGGAGGUGUCCGAGUUCACCGCCGACCCUGGGCGAGAUGCCAUCGGCGUCGUUGUUGAGGCCUCGCUUGAUCGGUUCCGAGGUCCGGUCGCGACCGUAUAG